AUGGAUGCUGAGGAUUUUAUGGAACUUCCCGGUCCCAGUAGUUUAGGGCAUGGGAGCGAGAAUGAUACUCCGUCUGCAUUUGGCCAUGACUCUAAAAAUUCUGGUUCUCUACCUCCGAACUUGCAGUUAAUGGAUGAGGUUAAUGGUGAGAACCCAACAAUAUUAAAUGGAUUACAUGUGACCAUGGAAACUUCAGUGCUAUCUGAGACUGAAAAGGAAGCAGAUAUGAACCCUGAAGUCCAGCCAGUUUGUGUCGAAAUGACAAAAUCAGUUAAGAUACAAGAAGAAAAGUCAUCCAUCAGCUCUACACACACAUUGGUUGCUCACAGUGAAUUCGUUUCCAAUCUUGAGAAAGAUGAUCCCCUUUUGAGUAAGGACAAGAAAGAUGCUAGUUAUGUUUCUGGGGUUAAGAGACCUCGAAUGAUUGUUGAUGAGCAGCAACCUUCAGUGCAUAUAAUAUUUAACUCUUUGCCCAGAAAAAGUAAACAAAAACUUGAAGAGCUACUAAAGCAGUGGUCGCAUUGGCAUUCACAGAGCUUCUUGCCAUCAGAUGAUUCAAGUGUAAUUACGGAAUCUGGAGAAGAGACCUACUUUCCUGCUCUUCAUGUUGGCGUGGAUAACCCUUCUUCUGUUACCUAUUGGGUGGAUAACCAAACAAGGACGCGACCAAAUAAGGAGUUUACACCAUUGGAUGACACCUCUGUUCCUCUAUAUGAUCGUGGAUAUUCUUUAGCUUUGACUUCAGCUGGUGGUUCCGGUGGUACGGAUGGUGGAGGGGAAGAACUGGAUAGUUCUCGUUGUUUCAACUGUGGCUCGUACAACCAUGCACUGAAAAGUUGCCCCAAACCUCGCAAUAAUGCUGCUGUCAAUAAUGCUCGGAAACUCCACAAGUCUCGAAGGACUCAACAAGCCAAUUCUCAUAAUACUACUCGAUAUUAUCAGAGUCCCAAAGUAGGAAAAUAUGAUGGCUUGAUUCCGGGUGUACUUCAUGCUGAGACACGUGAAGCCUUGGGCAUUGGGAAGCUUGAUCCACCUCCAUGGCUUAACAGAAUGCGAGAAUUAGGAUACCCACCAGGCUACCUAGUUGUUGAAGUAAAUGAAGAGGAUCAGCCAUCAGGUCUUACAAUUUUUGGCGAAGAGGAUACUAAGGAAGAAGGCGAAGAAGGUGAAAUUCUAGAUGUAGGCCUCCCCAAGCCAUCUAAAAUGUCUGUCAAGUUUCCAGGGAUAAAUGCCCCAAUACCAGAAAAUGCAGACGAAAGACUUUGGGCGUCACCCAGCCCUUUUAAUUCUCAUCAGCAUAGGGAUGAUCCAAAGUGGAGGUACAAUCACCAUCCGACUGAACAUCUGACCCGAUGGCGUCAUUCUGAGCAUAGGUGGUCGUCAAAAGGGCUGGACGAUGAGGGCCCUCCCGGCUGUGAGCCAGGAACAAGUCCCUCAUUGUCCUAUCAUCUUCGAAGAUACAGUGAUACCAACAAUGCCAAUAAUUAUUACUCUCGUAGUCCACAAGACAGCCCGGCAACACCCUGGAAUUCUCUCUAUAACCGGUCGUCGUCUUUCAGACACAGGUAG